UCGAGUGUUCAUAUCCCCAGAGCCACAGCUGACAGACUGAGAAAAGGGAAUGAUGAGCCUUUAUUUCUUCAGUUAGUCGACUAACUACACAGUGUGGACCUAAACUUUACACUUUGGUUACACUGAAGUGUUGCUGGUUGUAAAGUAAAGUCUGAAGUGUAAAGUGCUCUGUCUUGCAGAAGAAAAAGAAGAAUAUGGCGUUCAUGGUGAAGCACAUGCUAGGGGGGCAGCUGAAGGAUCUCACCGGGGGUCUUGGGGAGGAAAAGGCUGAAGGUGAGAAGUCUGAGGCCGCAGCAAAGGGGAUGACACAGGAGGAGUUUGAGCAGUACCAACAGCAGCUGGCGGAGGAGAAGAUGGAGCGAGAUGCCAGCUUUGCUCAGAAGAAAGCAGAGAGGGCCACAGUCAGGAGCCACUUCAGAGAGAAGUACAGGCUGCCAAAGAGUGAGCUGGAUGAAACGCAGAUCCAGGGUGCAAAUAAGGAUGUGGAGCUGCCCACUGAGCUGGCGAAGAUGAUUGCUGAGGACAACCAGGAGGAAGAGCAGAAGCAGUCCGUCCUGGGUCAGCUGGCCAGCAUUCAGAAUGUUGAUGUGGACCAGCUGAAGGACAAAGCACAGGCCACCCUCGAAGACCUCAAACAGUCAGCUGAAAAGUGUGAAGUCAUGUGAUUUAGAUCCAUAAACACAAGCCUCAGGGUGAGAGAGCUGAUCUAGGAUCGGAUUUUUCUCAUAGUUCUCUUGGUCAUAAUAAUUAAGCAUAAACACAGAUACAGAAACAGCACAUUCCUUGCAAAAUCCUUUAGCCUCAGGGUUAGUGAUCAUGACUCCUGUUCAAAACACGCUUGCAGAGGAAGAAAAUAAACACAAAUACAUUCAGUAAAACAAUGUUCAUGUUGCAUCAUCUGACAGUAAAGUUUUGUAUGUAGGAAGCACAUAUUCCACCCAAAGACUUCAUAAACGUUUCCUUCCUUAAUGCACUUGUAAUAACCUAUUCUUUAAUGUGUACUUGUGUUUUUGUCCUCCAACAGUCUAUACAUAAAUCAAACAUGAUGUUAAAAAGGAGCUCCACCUUAUACUUCUGUUUUUUGUACAACAUGUAUAUGAAUUAUGUAUGUAUAUUGUUUAUAUAAUUUAUUAU